GCCCUGUCGCUAGGUGGCGGCGCUGAGCUGGAACGCGCGUUUACAGAAGAAGAGGUAAAAAAAACCGCGUGGGGUGGGACUUCCGGUAACACUUCCGCCAGUGCACGCAGUGGUUUCGUCAUGGCGGCGGGACCGAUAUCAGAAAGAAACCAAGAUGCGACGGUGUAUGUGGGGGGUCUGGAUGAGAAAGUGUCGGAGCCGUUGUUAUGGGAGCUCUUCCUGCAGGCAGGACCAGUGGUGAACACACACAUGCCCAAAGACAGAGUGACGGGACAACACCAGGGUUACGGGUUUGUGGAGUUCCUCAGUGAGGAGGAUGCGGAUUACGCCAUAAAGAUCAUGAACAUGAUAAAGCUGUACGGUAAACCCAUCCGCGUCAACAAAGCCUCUGCUCACAACAAGAACCUGGACGUGGGAGCAAACAUCUUCAUCGGGAACCUGGACCCCGAGAUCGACGAGAAGCUGCUGUACGACACGUUCAGCGCCUUCGGCGUCAUCCUGCAGACCCCCAAGAUCAUGAGGGACCCCGACACGGGCAACUCAAAAGGUUACGCCUUCAUCAACUUCGCCAGCUUUGACGCGUCCGACGCCGCCAUCGAGGCCAUGAACGGUCAGUACCUGUGUAACCGCCCCAUCACCGUGUCCUACGCCUUCAAGAAGGACUCCAAGGGCGAGAGACACGGCUCCGCCGCAGAGAGGCUCCUCGCCGCGCAGAACCCCCUCUCACAGGCCGACAGACCCCACCAGCUGUUCGCAGACGCCCCGCCCCCUCCUUCUGCCCCCACCCCCGUCAUGACCGCGCUGGGCGGCAUGCCCAUGCCCGGUAUGCCUCCCCCUGGCGCGUUCCCUCCAGUACCUCCACCAGGUUCUUUACCCCCUGGAAUGCCCCCCGGGAUGCCCAUGCCCCAUGCCCCAGGCACUUCUGCCCCUCAGGGAGCCUCUGCAGGGCCACCCCCUGGUCCUCCACCGUUCCCUCCAGCAGGAAUGCAUCCACCAGGAAUGCCACCGAUGCCUCCCACUGGACCUCCUGGAAUGGUGCCUCCUCCUCCAGGAGCCACCCAGCACAGGGCCCCUCCUCCCCCAGGCAUGCCCCCACCCCCACAGAUGGGCAUGCCCCCCCGGGGACCAUUUGGCCCCCCAAUGGGUCCUCCGAUGCCCCCAGGGAUGAGAGGCCCACCUCCCCCGAUGCCACCCCCAGGUUACGGCGCAGGCCCCCCUCGUCCUCCACCAUUCGGUUUUCAGAGACCACCGAUGCCCCCACGCCCCCCUGCGCCACCCCGGGCCCCCAUCAGAGCCCCCCUGCCCCCCUAACACACAUCUUCAUCUCUCAUUCCUGAAGGACAAAGUUGUUCUGAGAAACUUUCAUUUGUACUGAUGAGUUUCUUUCUUUCUUUUACUUCCUCUAAUUAUCUACAAAUAAACAUUUUAUAUGAA